CGCGAUUAAGGUACGAAUCAGGUUUUAGUGUUCAACGUACGACCGUGACUAGUUUAAUCGGUUCAUCCCAAGUUCACUAAACUGUAUUUUAUGAAUUAAACGAUGAACUGUGGGAAUUUAUUGUGUACUGGACUCUAAUAAAUAUCGCUGAUCGAUUGCGAUAAUUAGAUAGCGAGGCCAUCGAUUAUUGAUCAUUGAUGCCGGAGAUAUUUGGGAAUUUAUUCAGAGUAGGAAUGGGAAAUAAAACUUCAAAACGAAAAAAUGGAAAUUCAGCGAAAGUGCGUCAGGAUAAGGAAUCCAGUGAUUCUGGUGAUGGGGAGUAUUUCGAUCGGAUUUAUCAGCAGUGGGGAGAGGAUGUCGAGCUGAGGAUCAUGAGGAGGAGAAUAGAACGUGAACCUGAAGUAUUCAUUCUCAAUAAUCUUAUGAUGGCGGGACAGUUCUUUGAAAAUUUCGACGAGGAAAUUUUGAAAAUCCAACAGACAUCAAUCUCGAUUAGGGAGGCGGAAAUGAAUUCGCUUCUGCCACCGCAGAAACACGCACUUAUGCCCGAUGUGUUGCAAGAUCAGGUGGCAAAAAAAGUAGAUUUUAUCUACGAAAGACCGGCUUCGAUUCUCUCAGUUGAACCCCUUCAACCGAUUCGGGUCUAUGUAGUGUUCAAUAAUGUCGAAGUUACGGAGGAAAAUUUUCCGUCUCCUUACUGCACUGUUAAUGAGGCAAUGAGUUAUAAUAUGCAACUGAAGCCGAGUAAACACAAAGGGUACGCGCUCCUCCAACGCCUGGAGGUGAAUCCGUCCCGAAGAAAAAUGGAGCCUCGAGACGAAGAACCCUACAGCGACGAGGAAAACUCGAAAGCCCAGAAACUUCUACCCGACCAUUCAGGGACUCCCUACGCCUCGAGUGAGCUUCUGUAUGAAAGGCAAAGACCAAAGAAGUCCCUCCCAAAGCCCUUCCAGACUCCGUCCUCAGGUAGUCCCGCCGAGAGCACAAGUUCAGGCUAUCGUUCCGGUCACUAUACCCUCGAUAGCGACAGUGAUACCGGUUACGGAGUGGCUUACGCACCCUCAUCCUCGUCAGAACUGCCAAAAAGUUGUUUCAUUUCCACAACCAACGUGAAGAUCUACGGUACGAGAAAAGAGAAACGCCAGGAUCUAAACCAGAAAGACCGAGUCAUCAGAAGCGUCAUGCACAGCAGAAUCUACAAAGUAUGGUAUCUGAAUUCCCGUAAAUUCAUGGAUCACUUCUACCAGUUCUUUACAACAGACCUAGCAGACGUGAUGGGUUUCGCUUCAGAGAUUCAGGACGAGCCCCAGGGGGCAGUGAUCUACCGGGACAAACUGGAGCGUUUGGAAUCGACUAAUUGUCUGAGGGACGAGCAGUUUGCUAUCAUCCCAUGUAUCUGGUCAGUUUGGCCAGAAAUGGCGAACGAGUGGCUAGAGAGACCCCGAGGUAAUUGGCCAGCAUACACCAUACUGGAGAAAAUUAAGGAGAGCGGGUGCUACCUUAUUCCCGAGGGGUACACCUCGGAGAAGAUCACCAAUGAUUUUCAGACUCUGGAAUGGGAGGUGGUUUUCCCCGCAGCUGAGAGAUACCUUGAGGGCUGCAUGACCCAUGCACAGGUCAGAGUGUAUGUUAUGGCCCUGAUGCUCCAGAAGACCUUCUUCACGCCUAUCGAAUCGAUAAUUGGCCUCGGAGGAUCGCACAUUCGAAAUCAGAUGUUCUGGAUGAUCGAAGAGGAUGACAGACCUGUUUGGUGGCUUGAGAGUCGCUCUGGGGAGAGUCUCCUCAGGCUACUGGAGAGUCUCUACAAAGCCAUCAGUCAGGACGAGCCAAUUCUUCCUGAUUAUUUCAUCAGGGAGAAAAAUCUUUUCCAGGGGAAGAUCUAUCUGUUAAGGACGCAGAAGCAGCUGAAGAGAAUCAUCGAGAACCCGGUGAUGUACGUUCUUCAUGCCAUGCAAAAUAUUAUGCACAGUAAGAGUUUCUUUCCGGUCAUGGACUCUACGAAGCUUCUGAGGAUUCUCACGGAGGAUGUGCUUACUAUUAUAAAUCCAAGGAUUGCUGGGACUGUUGGGUACAAUGGCAAUUCCAGGGAACAAGAAUAUACGUAUGUGUAUGGGGUGAGGGAUGGUGACAACAAAGGCGAGAGGAAGAGGAUCAAUGGGGCGAGACUCAGGGCUAAAAAGAAACUCGUCACUACGAAACAGUCAUCCGAUCAAGUCGCGGAGAUUGAAGUGAAUUGUGCUGAAUUAGACGAAAGGAGGCUAGGGCUAGUCCUGAACUUCUUUAUCUCUCACUUCAUAGAAGUAGCCGAAUGUUACCACGAAUACCGAGCGCUUCCCCAGAAGACGACGUAUAUAGAGCAUGCAGAGAGACUUUGCGUGCUGCUCUCAGAGAAUUCCAGCGACCGCGGAGCAGCCAGAGCUUUUCUGGAUAGACUCCAGUCCCUGAAGAGACGAGUUGUGAGUUCCAAGUGCGAUAACGACCCACCAGAGACCCCCCAGAGGAACAGUGAUCGACCGAUCUUCACAGCAUCCCUCAAAAAUCGUUUCGAGCCCCCACCGACUUCUGCCGAAUCUCAUUCGAUAUUAAAGAUUUCUGCCUCUGAAGGAGCUUUCAACGACAAAACUGAUUCAGUAAUGAAUGAUUUCAAGCUCGCUAUACCUACGGCUCCUCGCAAACAAGUCACAAUGGCGGUUGUUUACGAAGCUGAUGCCGAAAGUGAUGUGGAAUUUAGAAAUCAUGCGGGACGAGAGGAUAAAUCUAAAAAAAACGGAGUUUUAUCGUUUACGAAGAGUCAGGAGACUUUAUGCACUGCGGAGGAUACUUACAUUUAAUCGUCAUUGUUUGAUCAGCUAUGUAUUUUGUAA